AUGCCUUCCUGGACGCACCUGGUUCGCUUCGUCGCUGUCGAGGACAAUCAAGUCCACCUCGGCCAGCUGGUCGACACCACUCGAGACGUCGGACGCGAUAGCGUAGACGGUGUUGAGGUUGCUGUGUAUGUGAUUGCCGGGACUAUCUUCGAUGGUCGAGUCACCGAGCAGGUCUUGCAUGUCAAGUCGUUGCUUUCUCCAGUCUCAAGCGAUCAAUGCAGCUACAUCCGCUGUCUGGGUCUGAACUACACAGACCAUGCAAAGGAAGCAAACCUCCCCCUCCCCAAAGUCCCCAUCCUCUUCACAAAGCCCCGCACCGCGCUCGCAGGCCCCUAUCCCGCGGCCAUAAACGUGCCGCGCUGCGCGCAGGACGGAACAAGCGACUACGAGGCGGAACUUUGUCUCGUAAUCGGCAAGUCCGGGCGCGAUAUCCCCGAGGAAGACGCGCUGGAUUACGUGCUCGGGUAUACGGCGUCGAACGACGUCUCCGCGAGGACCCUGCAGCUGCUCACGGCGCAGUGGUCGUUUUCAAAGGGGCUUGAUGGGAGCUGUCCGAUUGGCCCCGUCCUCGUCUCCCCCUCCAUAAUCCCCGAUCCGCAAACCCUCUCCAUAAAAGCAAUGUACAACGGCGCAACUGUGCAAGACGGGCAUACGCGCGAUAUGAUUUUUUCAAUCCGGAAGCAGAUUUCCUAUCUGUCUCAGGGCACGACGCUCGAAGCGGGCACGAUCAUUCUCACGGGGACUCCCGCCGGUAUUGGAUACUUUCGCGAACCCAGAGUGGUUCUGCGCGAUGGAGAUGAGAUUUCGGUGCAGAUUGACCAGAUUGGCACGUUGGUUAAUAAGGUGCGGUAUGAUGCGCGGUAG